GCCAGGCCGCCCACCAUGCCUAGGCGGGCCGGGAGCGGGCAGCUGCCGCUACCCCGGGGCUGGGAGGAGGCCAGGGACUACGACGGCAAGGUCUUCUACAUCGACCACAACACGCGCCGGACCAGCUGGAUCGACCCCCGGGACAGGUUAACGAAGCCCUUAUCCUUUGCGGAUUGUGUUGGCGAUGAGCUGCCGUGGGGUUGGGAAGCUGGGUUUGACCCCCAGAUUGGUGUCUACUACAUUGAUCAUGUCAACAAAACCACACAGAUAGAAGAUCCCAGAAAACAGUGGCGGGGGGAGCAGGAGAAGAUGCUCAAGGACUAUCUCUCGGUGGCCCAGGAUGCUCUCAGGACGCAGAAGGAGCUGUACCACGUGAAGGAGCAGAGGCUGGCCUUGGCGCUGGAUGAAUAUGUCCGAUUAAACGAUGCCUACAAGGAAAAGUCAAGUUCCCGCACCAGCCUAUUCUCAGGAUCUUCAUCCAGUACUAAAUAUGAUCCGGAUAUUUUGAAAGCUGAGAUCUCCACUACACGAUUAAGGGUUAAAAAGCUGAAGAGGGAACUCUCGCAGAUGAAGCAAGAGCUGCUCUACAAAGAACAAGGCUUUGAAACGCUGCAACAGAUUGAUAAAAAAAUGUCUGGAGGCCAGAGCGGCUACGAACUCAGUGAAGCCAAGGCCAUUCUAACCGAACUGAAAUCUAUCAGGAAGGCCAUUAGCUCAGGAGAGAAAGAAAAACAAGACCUGAUGCAGAGUCUUGCUAAGCUGCAGGAGCGGUUUCAUCUGGAUCAGGGUCUUGGACCAGCGGAACCGGACUUGAGAUCCAGCCCAGUGAGCUCUCACUUGGCCCUCUCUAGACAGACCCUUGAUGCAGGGUCACAGACAAGCAUUUCCGGAGAUAUCGCCAUGAGAAGUAGAUCCAACUUAGCGGAAAAGGUCAGACUCAGCCUCCAAUAUGAGGAAGCCAAAAGAAGCAUGGCCAACUUGAAAAUCGAACUGUCAAAACUGGAUGGUGAGGCCUGGCCGGGGACACUGGAUGUCGAGAAGGAGAAGCUGAUGCUGAUUCAUGAGAAAGAAGAGCUGUUGAAGGAGCUGCAGUUCGUCACGCCACAGACGCGCUCCCCAGACGAGCUGGAACGCCUGGAGGCCGAGAGGCAGCGGCUGGAGGAGGAGCUGCUGCCCGUGCGGGGUGCUCCCAGCCCAGCGCUGGCCGAGAGAUUGAAAUUAGAAGAACGGAGAAAAGAGCUGCUGCAGAAACUUGAAGAAACUACUAAAUUAACUACUUAUUUGCAUUCACAACUUAAAAGCCUCUCCACCAGCACCCUGUCUGUGUCGUCCGGGAGCAGCCUAGGCUCCCUGGCCUCCAGCCGCGGCUCCCUCAACACCUCCAGCCGGGGCUCGCUCAACUCCCUCAGCUCCAGCGAGCUCUACUACACCAGCCCGGGGGACCAGCUGGACGUGGACUACCAGUACAAGCUGGACUUCCUGCUGCAGGACAAGGGGGGCUACAUGCCCUCCGGCCCCAUCACCACCAUCCAUGAGAACGAAGUGGCCAAGUCCCCCGGCCAGCCCGGCCAGGGUGGCUCCAGUGGGGCGGCCACGGCCACCGGCCACACGCCCCCAGCCACUGAGGCCCCCAAGUCGGUGACCUCCCUGUCCUCCCGCUCCUCCCUGUCCUCGCUGUCCCCGCCCAGCUCGCCCUUGGUUCUAGAGGGCACAUUCCCCAUGUCCUCCCACGACGCCCCCCUCCACCAGUUCACUGCCGACUUCGAGGACUGUGAGCUGAGCAGCCAUUUUGCAGACCUGGGCCUGGGCGAAAAUCAGCUCUUGCUGGACUCUGAGGCGGGCGGCGCCUCCCGGCCACUGCUGGAGGAGUCUGGCGGGGCCAGGGAGCCGCUGUAUGGAGGAGCUGCAGAUGUGGAAAAAUCGUUACCGAAAAGAAGAGUCAUCCACCUGCUUGGGGAGAAAACCGCGUGCGUGUCGGCGGCUGUGUCUGACGAGUCUGUGGCUGGGGACAGCGGGGUCUACGAGGCCUUCAUCAAACAGCCCAGCGAAGUUGAAGAUGCAACAUACGGUGAAGAGGAUAUCGCCGUCAUGGAGACUGCCCAGGUGCAAAUUGGACUCAGAUAUGAUGCAAAACGGUCCAGUUUCAUGGUGAUUCUAGCACAACUCCGAAAUCUUCAUGCCUUCUUGAUACCUCACACUUCAAAAGUAUAUUUUAGGGUUGCUUUACUUCCCUCCUCAACCGAUGUCAGCUGUCUAUUUCGAACUAAAGUCCAUCCGGCCACGGAAGCCAUUUUAUUUAAUGAUGUGUUCAGAGCCACCAUUUCCCAAGCAGCCUUGCAGCAGAAGACCCUGAGAGUGGACCUCUGCUCUGUCAGUAAGCACCGAAAAGAGGAAUGCCUGGCUGGGACUCAGAUCAGCCUGGCAGGUUUGCCAUUUUCCAGUGACGUUUUCACUCUGUGGUAUAACUUACUUCCUUCCAAGCAAAUGCCUUGCACGAAGGGCGAGGACGACAACGAAGACUCUGUGUUUCCACCAAGCCAGCCAUUGGUAGAUUCUAUAGACUUGGAUGCAGUGUCGGCCUUACUUGCAAGAACAUCAGCUGAGCUGUUGGCAGUGGAACAAGAAUUAGCACAAGAAGAGGAGGAAGAAGAACCAGGACAGGAAGAAGAGCGCAGGGGUCCCGAGGGAGACUGGUUAACGAUGCUGCGAGAAGCCUCUGAUGAACUUGGGGCCGAAGAAGAGGCUGCUGUUGAACUGCCAGGGGGCAGCAGCCAUGCAGAAGAGGCAAGUUCCUGCCCGAGUGUCCCCGAGAUGAAUGAAGACUCCAGCAGGAAAGACGGCCACGGAGCCCAAGACCUCGGAAGUCGGCCGCCGGCCGGAGCGCCUGCCCUGGUUGACAAAGAGACCAACACCGAGGAGGCGGGCAGCCCCAGCGUGGCGGUGCGCCCCAAGGAUCGCAGUGGUGUGAGCGCACGCCAGCGCCCCUUCGUGCGCAGCAGCGUGAUCGUGCGCUCACAGACCUUCUCCCCGGGGGGCCGCAGCCAGUACAUCUGCAGGUUAAAUCGCAGUGACAGUGACAGUUCCACCCUGGCUAAGAAAUCCCUGUUUGUGAGAAACUCCACUGAACGGCGCAGUUUGAGGGUCAAAAGGGCGGUGUGCCAGCCGGUGCUCAGACGAGCCUCGCAGGAGUGCCCAGUGCGCACGUCGCUGGACCUGGAACUGGACCUCCAGGCCUCCCUCACGCGGCAGAGCCGCCUCAACGACGAGCUGCAGGCCCUGCGGGGCUUGAGGCAGAAGCUGGAGGAGCUGAAGGCUCAGGGAGAGACCGACCUGCCCCCGGGCGUGCUGGAGGACGAGCGUUUCCAGAAGCUCCUCAGACAGGCCGAGAAGCAGGCUGAGCAGUCAAGGGAGGAGCAGAAGCAAGGCUUGAACGCCGAGAAGCUGAUGAGGCAAGUCUCCAAGGAUGUGUGUCGGCUUCGGGAGCAGAGCCGGAAGGUCCCCCAGCAGGUGCAGUCCUUCAGGGAGAAGAUGGCCUACUUCACCAGAGCCAAGAUCAGCAUCCCGUCCCUGCCGGCGGACGACGUGUGACGCUGCCCGCGCCGUCCCGGGGGCGCCGAGGCGGGGGGCCUUCUGUCACCACCUGGACUCCUAAAGAGCUUUUAUUUCACGUCAGAUUUUCAACACGUUCCUUCGCAAAGAACCUUGAAUGUAAAUCAUAAGUGUUUAAAAAAGGGAAAAAAAAGCAUCCGCUAAGCAGGCCGGGGUGCUCUGGGACACGGCAGCGAGCGGCGUGCAGGUGUCGCCAGUGGCUGUAGCUGGUGACACGGAGCAGAGGCCGAGCCCGGCGGGCGCCCUGCUGGACUGGCGGCCGAGAGCCCUGGGCUCAGCCGGAUGCCUCUGCUCUUCCCCGGUGUGCUCGGGAGGGGACUGCAGAGGGCACCAGCCCAAGAGACGCCAGCAGCCCGCGGCCUGCGGGUGGGCUCGGCCUGAGGGUGGGGAGGCCAGGCCCGCACCUCCACCGCAGCCGCGGCUCUGAAACAGUGUCCUUUUUGUGCUUUCCCGCCGGGCUAAAGAAAACCAAAACAGAAUGCCCCGUGCAAGAAUGCGAUUGAGCAGUCCUCCAGGCCACGCUGGGGAGCUUGUGGUGCAGGACAGUGAGGGGAGCGGAGGGGGAGAAGACAGUCACCUCGAGACACCCCGGAGGAGGCGCAUCGGCGGCACCUGCUGCUUCCACUCUGCCCGAAGUGGCUGGAGUGUUCACGUGCAGGCUUGGGGCUCGCACCCGGCGUGUUUGGUCCCAGGUGCAGGGGUGUGCGUGGACAGCCUGGCCCAGACUCUGGGCACCGGCCGUCCGGCCGUGGGGAGGCCCCGGAGCAGCACCCUCUGGGGCAGCCAGGAACAAAGCAGCAGGUUUCCUGAUGGAACCCAGGUUGCCAAAAAUUAAAGAGAGAACACAUUCACUGAAAAGAUUUCUAAUAUUUGCUAGAAAUUCCUUUGCAGUUAUUUUAGGGGAGCCCAGCUCUAAUUUAUGGGAAGGAGUUGGGAGGCAAAGAGAAGUGUGUGCCUGGGGAGAUGAUUGACUUGAAGUAUAAGCAAAGUCAUUUGUUUUCCAAAAAAAGUCUAGAGAAACAGGUUUAGAGACUUCAAGUGACCUCCAGUGUAGAAUUUGAGCUGACUCAACCCAGGCACUUCUGGAAGGAAACAAAGCUGCCGAUGUCUCUGCCAGCGUCAGGCUUCUAAGGUCAGUGGUGCCAAUGGAAUUUAAAUGCUCCUUAGAACUUGGUCGGCUAUACUGAAACAGGUAAUUUUAAAUCAAAACUUUGGAAAUACAAAUCAUCUUAAAAGAACAGGGCCCUUGGGACGGGG